CAUCUUCUCUCUCUCUCUCCUUUUUUUCUUUUUGAAAGCGGGAGGGAAGCUGUUGAGGACUUACAAAUGAAAUAAAGGCGGGCAGCCGAGGGAGGCGGGGGCAAGGAAGAGGAGGGGAGCAGGAGAAGCCUUCGCUGACGCGCCUAGCGCUGGGUGCCGCGGGGCCGGCCGUCGGGAGGAAGCAGCACUCGGGCUUUCGUUCUGGAGCGCCUGAUCCUCCUUAUGUCUGAGAGGCGUUGAGGGGACUGCGGGACGCGAGUCAGAAAACGGGGAGGACGGCGUCUGGGCCACGGGCGGGCGUGGACCUGGCGGGUUGAGCUCACUUCUCGCAACCCCUCCAAGUUACAAGCCUUCCCUCAAGCCGCCCUGCCCGUUUCUGGGCUGCGGGUCGGGAAGAGGCUGGGGCGGCAGCGGCGGCGUUAGGAAGAUAUCUCCAACACCCGCCCCCCGCCCCCCAGCCGUAUCCUCGCCUACAACGUUUUUUUCUGGAGGCGUUUCCCUCGCUUUUCCUUCCUUCCUUCCUUCCCGGGCUCGCUUCGCACAAAGCCAGCGUCUGGGUUCCGCUCUCCCGGCUGCCCCCGCCCCACCGCCUCCCCUCCCCUCCUCUGCUGCCUUCCUUCUUCUUCUUCUUCUUUUGGCUUCUUUUCACGCGAUGGGCCAGAGAAGCUCCCGGAACGACCCGCGGGCCGGCGCCUAGAACUCCGGCCGCAUUGCCUCUCCUGCUGGCGACUGUGUCUUUCCUGCCUUUAGCCGAGUCUCCCCGCCACUCCACGAUUCAUUCUUGCCCGGCUCUGAAGCCUGGUUUGCACCGGACUCGGCAGGAAGAAAGGAGAGAGGCGAAAGGCGGCGGGUAAGGCGAAGCCGCCCCUCCAUCUGGGCACUUGUGUUUCUGCUUCCAGGAGCCGGGAAAGAAGGAAAGCUUGGACCAUGGGGAGCAGUAAAAGUAAGCCCAAAGACCCUAGCCAACGGAGACGCAGUUUGGACUCCACAGAAAAUAUACAUGGCACCUGCUCUACCUCUCAAACUCCCAGCAAGACCACCGUCCCAGAAACUCAUCGUACCCCUAGUCGGUUAUUUGGAAAUACAGCUACAGAACCAAAGCUCUUUGGGGGAUCAAAUACAUCAGAUAUGGUCACUUCUCCUCAGCGCUGUGGCGCUUUAGCUGGUGGAGUCACAACAUUUGUAGCCCUCUAUGAUUAUGAAUCACGGACAGAAUCGGAUCUUUCUUUCAAAAAAGGAGAACGCCUCCAAAUCCUCAAUAACACGGAAGGAGAUUGGUGGCUGGCUCACUCCCUCACAACUGGCCAGAAAGGCUACAUCCCCAGUAACUACGUCGCACCUUCAGACUCCAUCCAAGCAGAAGAGUGGUAUUUUGGCAAGAUUACACGCCGAGAAUCUGAACGAUUACUGCUCAAUCCAGAGAAUCCCCGAGGGACUUUUCUGGCAAGAGAGAGUGAGACCACAAAAGGUGCCUACUGUCUCUCUGUCUCAGAUUUUGACAAUGCCAAGGGCCUCAAUGUGAAGCACUACAAAAUUCGCAAACUGGACAACGGUGGCUUUUAUAUCACAUCCCGUACACAGUUCAGCAGCCUUCAGCAAUUAGUGGCUUACUAUUCCAAACAUGCAGAUGGUUUGUGCCACCGUCUUACCAAUGUUUGCCCAACCAGCAAGCCUCAGACACAGGGCUUGGCAAAAGAUGCUUGGGAAAUCCCCCGGGAAUCUUUGCGGCUAGAGGUCAAACUUGGACAAGGCUGCUUUGGAGAAGUCUGGAUGGGGACCUGGAAUGGUACCACCAGGGUAGCAAUCAAGACUCUAAAGCCUGGGACAAUGUCUCCAGAAGCAUUUCUUCAGGAGGCUCAGGUUAUGAAGAAACUGCGUCAUGAAAAGCUGGUGCAGUUGUAUGCUGUGGUUUCAGAAGAGCCAAUUUAUAUCGUAACAGAGUAUAUGUGCAAAGGGAGCCUCCUGGAUUUUUUGAAGGGAGAGAUGGGCAAGUAUCUGAGGCUGCCCCAGCUGGUGGACAUGGCUGCACAGAUUGCCUCUGGCAUGGCCUACGUGGAAAGGAUGAACUACGUUCACAGAGAUCUCCGAGCUGCCAACAUCCUUGUGGGGGAGAACCUGGUAUGCAAAGUAGCUGACUUCGGACUGGCACGAUUGAUUGAGGACAAUGAAUACACAGCAAGACAAGGUGCUAAAUUUCCCAUCAAAUGGACUGCCCCAGAAGCUGCUCUUUAUGGUCGGUUCACUAUCAAGUCAGAUGUUUGGUCCUUUGGAAUACUCUUGACAGAACUUGCCACCAAAGGUCGAGUACCAUAUCCCGGCAUGGUAAAUCGGGAAGUCCUAGAUCAAGUGGAGCGAGGCUAUCGGAUGCCCUGUCCACCAGAGUGCCCAGAAUCUCUACACGAUCUGAUGUGCCAGUGCUGGAGAAAGGAUCCUGAGGAAAGGCCAACCUUUGAAUACCUCCAAGCUUUCCUGGAGGAUUACUUCACAUCAACAGAGCCCCAGUAUCAGCCAGGAGAAAAUCUAUAGGUCUGAGGACUGGACCCGUUGCCAGAAGACUUUAUGCUGCUCAAAUGGCAAAUGUGCUCUAGAGAGGAACUUUUGAGUCAUAUUAAGAUCCCUGUUGGAGUAUUAGCCAGGGUGUUUUCAUCGUUCUGGCAAUUUGCCCUUCUUUUUAAGGAUUGCACCAAUUUACUUUGUUCGUGGUUAACAAAAAGCCUUGAUGGAUUGUGAGUGAACAAAGUCUCAUUUCAAUAUGAAGUUGGUUGUAGUACAGCAGAGGAGUUUCAGGAACACCAAACCUUUCUGCAAUAAAUAAAUAAAUAAAUCAAGAGCAAGGAUCCUACUCCUGAAGGUCACUUAUUUUCAGGACUGUGUCCUCCAUCAAAAUCACUCCUGACUAUGAAUAGAAGGAAUUGCAAUCUGGACAAUCCUGCCUUUGAUGCAGGACCGUCCUGCAUCAAAGCACUUGAGUCAUUUCUGAUUGAAUGCGGAUGCUAAGGAAGUAUGCCUUUCAGACUCUCGUGGCUUUUGUUCUUCUUUAUGGACAAAACCAGCACAAUUUCCCUACUUGUAUUCAAAUAUCUGGAUCUAGGCUGACUGAGUCCUAGAGAAAAGAAAAGAAAAGAAAGUAGCUCGCUUCUAUUGUGGACACUGCACAUUUCGUGUGUUUGUAAUCUUCUCUUCUUUUUUUUUGACACCAUUUUCUUCUGUGCCACUGUCUAUCCAGUCUUGUCCUGUUUGUGGAGGUGCACUUGCCAAUCUUAGCCAUAUAAUAGGUGGAACUGGAUGUAUUGGGCUUGUUUAGAAAAGGUGUUGUUCUUUGCCUUCUGGCUGUAAAUGAAGCAAAGGACAUUCUUGGGGAAAACCGUACCCAGCAUUUGCGUAAGAUAGGACAUAUUUAAUGUCAUAAGGCAAAUAACGAUCCCCAAAUCGUUCAGGAUAGUGAGCUAGAUCUUGGACUGGAGGCUUGUCUUCCCAUCUAGCCCUUUAAUUCAAUAGAUUGCUGAAGAUUAUCAGUUUCUUCAGCCCGUAAAAAGGGGUAUGGUGGCAGCAUCAUAAAUCCUCCUUUGCUCUACCCGUACUGAACUGCUAAGCUGUUAAUACCAGUCUCCUGCCUAGGAAAUAUGAGUCUUCCACAGAGCAUUCUAUAAAUUCUUUAAGCACACACUCAGCUCACAUCACUGCCUUUUAAUUUUAACCCAGUCUGGGAUUCCUCAGUGCCUUGGAAGCAUAAUACUGCAGCAGGAAGUGGCCUGUUGUGUUUACUAUCUAGUACUAUAAUCAUGGUCUAAUCACCGCUUCAAUGGCUAUCCAUUUUCUUUGCCAUGAUGUAUGAUUGAGCAACAUACACUGGAAGGACGGAAGUAAAAAUACUCAAAAUAAAAUUUAGGAAAGCCUAUAUAAUUCUGCAAAAACUGGUAUCCCUACCCACGUUCCCUGUUCAGCCAUUUAAACUGUCUUCCCAGUUUAAGGAAUAUAAUUUCGGGGACUUAAAUCCAGUCUCCUGAUCCAGAAAACAAAAUCUGCAAAAUCCAUGUGAUUCUUAGUCUUCCUUCCCCAACCCAAUGUAUUUCAACUACUUUGGAUUAAAAAGCCCAUCUGCCAGAAAGUGGAUGGUGAUAAUUGUGGUCAAAACAUAUGAAGAGAAUUGUCUCUGAGGGAGGCUGCUGUAAGAAAUCUAAAACCCUGUUCUCUUAUUUUAUUUUCAAUAAAAAGUAAUUACAUUAAAAACUAAUGUACUGUGUAAAGUUUGGUAAAGGGAUCAUGAAGAAAUGAUCACUUAAUCUUUUUCUUCUGGAGAGUAAGGUAUUUCUUUAAUUUUUAAACAUUAUUUUAGGGAAAACCCUACAACAAUUUAAAUAAAAUUAAAAGCAUAAAAAUAGGGCAGUAUAGUAAUGAAAUUUCUAUUCCAAUUAGAUCAUGUCAUUGAAGGUCAAAUGAUUUAGCAAAUCUUUGGCCUUUCUAUGAAGAUAUGAUAAUGGUGCUUGGUAAAAGUUAUUUGGUAGGUAGCUCCACAAUUUGAUAAUGUAGGAAAUAUACUGAGCCAAUUGUCUGGACCAGUAUGCCAUCCCAAGCAUAUUUUUUUAACCCCUGGGGAAAAAUAAGUAGAAUCUCUUAUAUUUAAUGUGAAAAUAGCUAGGAAGGUUUUAAACACUAACAUACAUCUCUGUACACUCUUUAAAACACACACACACACACACACACACACAAAUGGAUGUUCCUCUGCUUGUUAGAAAAAUUACAGUACACAUAACUGCAUGUACUUACAAUGUGGCCAUAUGACUCUUUACUUGUGGAUACUCACACUUUACUAGUCUCUUUUUUUGCUAAUUUGUUAACUUUCCAUGACCCCAUAAAGACUUUCAUAUUCAAAUAUAUUUUCACAGCAGCUUGCAUCCGAGUAAGAAGAUGUAGCUUGCAUUUAGAUUUGUACAUACACAGUAGAAAUUGACUUACAUCUUUGUUAUAGUCCUAUUCCAUCCUAUUCCCAAAAAAAAAAAAAAAAGCAUAGGCAGCAAACUGAACAUGGUCACUAUUUAUAAACUAAAUGUCAUAGUGAUUUAGCUCAAAUGGCAUUUACCAAGAGGAGAAAAAUGAACGGAGCUCCACUUGGCUUGCUACACCAUGCUUGUUAUAUUAACCAAGAAAUCUGCAUCCUGGAACAGAUAUAAGAACAACAGCUGGUAGGACUAGCCUGAGACACUGUCUGGAACCUGGCAGGUACUGUACAUUCAGACCCAGUAAUACUAGGGCAAACAGCACACUGCAUUGUAGGUUAGGCCAUGGCCUUAAGCAGAGGCCGAAGAAAUGUUUUAAAAUAAGCCAGUUGACUAUCUUAAACAGGAAAAAAUUCAUCUGUGUAAUGUGGACCGCUCCAUCUUUUUCCUCAAAAAUGAUCUUAUGCUGUAACAACAAACCUACAUUUUUAGAAAAAAAUAUUGAUAGAAGUCCCUCUAGUUUCUUUUGAAGCAGACAUAGCUAGAUUCACACUUAGCUGUCCACACUGGCAGAACCAGAUGAGUAGCAACUUUGUGUAAGCAAUAUAUAUAUUGGUUAUCACUAGACAGAUAGUUUUGUCCUUCCCCAAACGUUUGAGUCGUAUAUUUUGUACUGCUGAUCUCAUUCUCUAGAUUGAGUGUUUUGACAGCUGAGAUCCUAAGCCUACAGUCCAAGAAACAGCUCCUUCCCUAUGGAGAACAGAAAUUGGAGGUAGCUUUGGGGCAGUCUUUGGAAAGCUAGCUGGCAAUGCGUACAACCUUAAGUGAGAAAAUGCAAAUAAAGCCAGUACAGCAAUCUUUACUGAUAUGUCUAGCUAAGUACAGUGAAGAUCUCUGCGAAGAAUUAAAUCCAAGGACUAAUAGCAAUCCAAGCCAUAUGUAAACAUAUCUGCCUUUUGUUGCAACAAUUUUGUUGCCAGUGUGGUACAAAAAAACUGUUUUGCUGUGCACCAGCUUUGUCUUACUGGGAGAAUUUCUUACCAGUUGUAAGAUAGUCCUCUUUUGUAUAUAAUCCUUGAGUCAGCCAAGCAAGUGUUGCUUGGUGAUUUUGGAUGUCAGCUUAAGUGCAUGUUUUUUUUCCCCCAAAAUAAGAAGAAUGUUUGUUGCAAUUGUAUUUAGCCGGAAAAUAUUGUCAGCCUGCCAUCACUUGAUCUUAUUUUUCAAUGUCUUAAGUUUUUGAUGUUCUCUGAUGUGCCAAAAACAAACAAUCAACAACAACCCUCCAAUAGCAAAAACUUUUUUAUUCCAUGAUGAACUAUCCUUCAUGACCAAUUUAUGUCAGGAAAAAGAAAUUACUUCCAAAAGUUUAUAUGUUGUUUGCUCUAGUCUAAAGUAGAUACCUGGCUUGUUUCUUCUUCCAUUCUUGUUGAUGUCAUCUUGUAUGUUAGAAUGAUAUGCUGUGUUGCCGGGGGGAGGGGCAGGGUUGUUGUUGGUAGUGUUUGCUUAGAAAGGUCCAAAGUUGAGAUCUCACCCCUCUGCCUUAUGCAGAGAAGUGUGUCAUUCUCACAAUUAUGUAUUUAGAACAUAGAACCUCUAUCAGUGCUUCAGUUAAUAUUCCCAAAGCUUCUUUUGUUUUCCAAGAGAUUAUUUUCCAAGAGAUUAUUUUCAUCAGAGAACUAAGGAGCAUAGCUGAGAAAGCACCAAAAAUGAUUUGAUUUGGUGACCAGGUUUCACAUGCUUCCUCUUAACUCAGUUUCAAAACUGCUCUUUUUAGGAAAAGGGAUCUGAGACAAGGUAUAGUUCCUAUGGUUUGCACAAGCUCUUUCCCCAAAUAGUUCAAAUUCAAGUUUUUUUCUGACACUGAGGAUGUCAAUAUCCUUUUUAGACAAUUGAGCCAAAUCUGUUUCUUAUGCCAAGGUGUGUGCGUACCUCAGGACCUCAAAAUAGUCAAUGACUGCAGCAAUAGGUAUAAACGUUAGCAAUGGCUUCUCAUGGGUAGAGCAAUGGGAGGGGCCCAAGACUGUUCUCUUAGUUACAUGCCAAAAUGCCUCUCUCCUGCAGAACAAAACUCCUAUUUGCAUUGUGUUGAGAACAGGGUACAAUUUCCUUUCUUUAAUAUGACCAGGGUAUGAUGCUGUGUCAAACGAUCAAAACUCUUUCUUGCCUUUGUUUGUAAUAUGCCUUGCCUGUUUUUCUCUAUUUGUACUUGCAAAAUUGAAUUUAACUUUUUUUCCCUGCUCCUUUUUGAAAUCUUCCGAUUGAUUGAUGGGGCAUUCUUGUACAAUCUCUCAUCAAAUGAGAAAGCAGUUUAAUCAGGAAUGGAGUGUGCCUUUCCACAUCUCUAAACUUUUUGAUUUCUUUCCUUCUCCUUCCAAACAGAACACAUCUUGCUUUGUACUUCCUUCCAUCGCUGGGACAAGAAUGGCUUUCUGACGUUAGCCAUUUUUUUUUUCAGAAUUGCAAUGUGCUGACAUACAUCCUAUUUACCAUUUUCCUUUGUUAAAACAAAAUUGUUCGAUCUAAAACACUAGCUAUGUAUUAUGAGGCGGUUUGGUUAAAACCUCUGGUGUCUACUGUAGUUCUUUACAUUUAGGAUUGGUUGGGAAGUCAGUUAUUUCUAGCAACUCCUACCUACAGUCUGAGAAAGUGGGGGUCGGAUGAUCCGGCUCCAAAAUCAACUUCAUAAAAUCUUCGUUCCAUUUCCUCAUGUAUAAUACUGUGGUUAAAAAAAAGUAGAGCAUUUUGUUUGUUAGCAUUUGUGUCUUCAUGUCGUAUGUUCUGGGGUUGGGUGGGCAUAUUUGGUAAAAGAUGGAGCAAUUCUUUUAAAGGGGAUAAUCCUCCUUUCCAAGGAAAUCCCACUUGUGUUACUAUUGCUGUGUAAUUAAAUUUGGAGAUAAGCCUUUUUUGCCAAUAAGGAACAAGGGUACUGCUUUUUCAUGCCAAUACCUUUUAUAUUAACAUACUUGAUUAAAGUCUGCCAUCAUGGAGAAACGGCUUCUUAACAAAUGGAGCACAUAUCAACUUCUGAAAACUUUUACUGUGGGAGCUAAAACCAACGUGUGCAUGUAUGACUGUGUACAUGUAUAGAUACUAAUAUGUAAAAAAUGACCAUUUUCCAAAUAUGUACAUUUUUUUUUUAAAAAAGUCAAAGUUUAGGUCAGUUAAAAAUGGCAGAUUUCUUUCCUGAUUUUGGUGUAGCAAUAAUGAUGACGAAUACUAAUUUAAAUGAAUACCAUGCUUAGUCUUGCUUUUCUUCUUUAUUAAGGGCAAAUUUUUGAAAGAAAGAAAUGGCUGCUGGUUCCCUUUUGUAAAAUCAUCACUUCCUUUAUUCAUGCAUGAUGUAGUCUUUGACCCAGAGGCAGGAAACCAGACCCCAUCUAAGGAUUGGAGCCUGGCUGACCUCUGCAAUUAAUUCAUGAACUGAAGAAAGCAUUAAACAAACUUCCUGUG